AUGCCUCUCAAGGUAGUUCCUGCCACUGCAGAAGAUGCUAUCCGGGCCGUCGCAAUAGAGAACCUGGCCUAUGGCCCGAACCCAAACAGUUCUGCCUUGUUCCCCGGUCCUUUCCCCUCCGGCGGAGAUGAUUCUCGCGUAAAAAUGCUGGUUCAUCAGCUUCAAGAAGACCCUGCUUGUCGCUGGGCAAAGGUGGUGGACACAGACCUGGAAGCUCAAGGCCAGGAUGGCAUGAUUGCCUUUUCCAAGUGGUAUAUUUGGGAGACAGCCCGAGAUACUUUGCCUCCUACUCGGGAAUGGGGUCCCGGUACAAACCCCGAGGCUUGCGAGCUUUUCUUUGGCGGCAUGCGGCGGGCAUGGAUCGAGAGGAUGGCUGGGAAGCCUCACGUUUAUCUGAAGCUUCUACACACAGACCCCAAGCAUCAAAGACGCGGGGCCGGGUCUAUGCUGCUCAAAUGGGGCACCUCUGAAGCCGACCGUCUAGGGUUGCCCGCGUAUCUCGAGUCAUCUGAAGAGGGUCGUAUCUUGUACGAGAGACACGGCUGGCGAGAAGUUGGUAAAUUGGUCGUUGACUUGAGCAAAUGGGGCGGUCCCUCUGACGCUUCCACUGCAUACAUGUUGAGAGAGCCAGCACCAAAGUCCUGA